UAACUCGUAACACGGGAGGAACCACCGAGAAGGAGAAAAGGCGACACGCGGAGACUGCAUGAAUCCAGCGUUUAUUUUCCAACCAUAUUUUGGCCAUUUCAAAGUAAAACAGAAAAUGCACAAAAACUGGAGUCACGCAACAACUGGAUCCCGUCAAAGUGCCUAUAUCCUGUUUAAAGUAGCAUUAUUCUGACGGCCGUCUCCACUCCAGUCAAGUAAAAAAGAAAAUGUUGCUCUUUUUCAUUAAUAAUAAUACUUCUGGGACCCUGUAGAACUAUUUCCUCGAGGACAGGACUUUCUCCAUAUGGGCGUGAGCAGCAGUGCCAUUUAAGGACGGUAGUGCUCCAUCGACUGGGUCUGCGAGAAUAAGCGACGUGGAUUUGGUGAUUCGUCUCCUUGGACAUGUUUGGCGUUUUUCUCAGGUUUGCUUCGCUCUACAUGAUUAUGUAAACCGCAACAAAAAGCCAUUCAGAAGAGGGGAUUUUUCAAGUCAAGCUGAUAUUUCUCCGAGAGACCUGUUGUUCGUUUCAAUGUAUAUUCUUAUGCAUUUUUCAUUCCCUCCCAUUCGAUAUUUAAAAGCACAACAUUAUGUUAAGUGUGGAACGAGAACAUAUCAUUUAAGUGUCACCAAGGACUGAUGCAUGCUGUGUUCUCCCUCAUAUCGGAGAGUCGCCUUUUACCAGUCCCAUGCGCAGAACAUUUCCCCUCCUCGGAGAUUCGCCACCGUGUUGAAUCUUAACUCGACUCAGCAAAUUGCAUUGUCUAUCUACAUACGCGCAUUUUAACGUAGACGGUUACAUUUAUUCCCAUAUAUCUUUUCAUAUUAACUUAACUAUGAACAGGGAAAAGCUGUUCCUGCGGUGCCAGCUCAUGGGAAGCAAGACGGGGAUGAACAGGUUGGUUGUGGCUAAAACUUUGGAACACUGUCACGAGGAUGCGCGCCCUGCAUCGUUAUUCAAUAGGAUGUUAUAACCGUUAAUUUUAUAUGUGGGGAAUGCUUCAGUCGAAAUUGGAAAAAACUACAGUAAAGAUUUUUCGAUGUGCAUUAACUAUGAUGUGGCUUGCACUACGGAACUGUUAAUUUACGCUUGAGUUAGUGGAGAUUCAGCGCUAUUAGUCACAGUGGACCAAGUCAGUCUCUCCGCUGUUUGUUGAUGGCCCUACGCGCCGGGAGGACUUGGUUUGGACAGGUCUUGCGCAGAGUCUCUCGGCUGCAAGGCUCCUGGUCCCGGCGUUCGAGCAGUCUCUUGUGUCUUUCAUCAAACCAGGAGCAGGAUCUGGGGACCUGUUACAGAGACCAUAACCUAUCCCAUUGCCCCGGCGUCCACCGUCACCGCACACACACCAGAGUCUGUCCCUACCCAUCUUAUCGCUGUCAGAGCUUUCCCGAGUGCUGCUCCUUUCCGGGGGAUCGGAGGGGACAUGAACCCCUCACUCGCCGGUUCCUGGUGGCCAUGAAGCGGCAGAAUGUGCGGACUCUGUCCCUGAUCAUCUGCACGUUCACCUAUCUGCUGGUCGGGGCCGCGGUGUUCGAUGCCUUGGAGUCGGAUUACGAAAUGAGGGAGAAAGAACAGCUGGAAGCUGAAGAGAAGCGUCUCCAAGGAAAGUACAACAUUAGUGAGGACGACUAUCGAAAACUGGAGACUAUUAUCAUGGAGGCUGAGCCCCACAGAGCCGGGGUUCAGUGGAAAUUUGCCGGCUCCUUUUACUUUGCCAUCACGGUCAUAACCACCAUAGGUUAUGGUCAUGCGGCGCCGGGCACGGACGCGGGCAAGGCCUUCUGCAUGUUCUACGCAGUGCUGGGCAUCCCCCUGACGCUGGUCAUGUUCCAGAGCCUGGGCGAGCGCAUGAACACCUUCGUCAAGUACCUGCUCAAGCGCAUCAAGAAGUGCUGCGGCAUGCGCAUCACCGACGUCUCCAUGGAGAACAUGGUGACGGUGGGCUUCUUCUCGUGCAUCGGCACGCUGUGCAUCGGCGCCGCCGCCUUCUCGCACUACGAGGACUGGAGCUUCUUCCAGUCCUACUACUACUGUUUCAUCACGCUGACCACCAUCGGCUUCGGCGACUUCGUGGCGCUGCAGAAGAACCGGGCGCUGCAGCGCAAGCCGCUCUACGUGGCCUUCAGCUUCAUGUACAUCCUGGUGGGCCUGACGGUCAUCGGGGCCUUCCUCAACCUGGUGGUGCUGCGCUUCCUCACCAUGAACAGCGAGGACGAGCGGCGGGACGCCGAGGAGCGCGCCUCCCUGGCGGGGAACCGCAGUAGCAUGGUGGUGCACGUGCAGGAGGAGGCCAUGCUGCAACAGAGGAGGCGCGAGCAGCUCCUUCUACCUCAUGGAGGGAGGUACCGGUGCGAGGUCAGCGAUUUGCAGUCGGUGUGCUCAUGUAUGCAUUACCACUCGCACGAGUUUGGCAGCACCUGCGGCCUCGGGCUGGGGGUUGGCAGAGGAGGUUUAGGAGGAGGAGGUGGAGGAGGUGGCGGAGGAGGUCUCUUCUCACAUCAGAACUCCUUCAGCUCACAGCUGAACCCUCACCAUCUCUCCCACCACCACCACCACCAGCACCACCAACAGCAGCAGCAGCAGCAGCAGCAGCACCUCCAUCACCAGUACUUUCAUGCCGUGACGUACCACAUCGAGGAGAUCUCGCCAAGCCGUCUGAAGAGCAGCUUCUUCCCCUCACCGGUCAGUUCAGUGUCGCCUGGCCUGCACAGCUUCACCGACAACCACCAACUCAUGAGAAGACGCAAGUCCAUCUGAGGUUCACACACAGUUUUGUUUUUGUUUUUCUUAUGAUUCCUAUUUUCUACAGUUUGCACACCCACACACACACUCACUAAAUAGAGGUACAAAUAUACACACAUGCAGCUGCACACAGAUGUAACACCCUGCUCAUACGUGCACACCCACAUGAAUGCACGUGCAUACACACACACACUCACACACACACACACACAUGUACAACACAUUAAAACACAAAUUCUCUGAUGUCAUAUUUGCACAUACACCUUUUGCACAACACUACACACAAAACUGAUAUGACAUACAUACAUGCUAGUGCCAUAAAACUCUCUCUCUCUCAGACACACACACACACACACACACACAGACAUUGCAUCUCAAUGCUGCUCCUAACCGAAUUUCACUCUCUAGCACUUUUUUGUCCCCUUAUUAUUUUUUCCCCGUUUGGCAUUAAGUAAAUAAACACUGAAGACAGGAUCUGAGCCAGGAGUCAGAUGGAGUAGAAGACUCAUGAAAGAGCUGCAGUCAGCGACACUGUUGGAUCAGACUCCCCCUUCAAAUGGUUAUGAAACGCAUGAAGCAUGGGGUGUUUAUUUUUCCAGAAAACCGCUUCAAAUUGUGUUGACAAAAAAACGUUUAAAAUGAAAAAUGAGAGACUGCUAUACUUCACGACUCUCUCCAACGUGGUUUGAGGUAUGAAGCAGUCUACCUACAUUGGUGUCAUGCCAAACAAUGCACAUUUGCGCUUUGGCUACAGUACUGAUGGGGGGAAAGAUUAUUUUUAAAAAAAGGAAGCUCAAAUAGCUGGUUUUAUCUUAACUUGA